AUGAUGACCAAAACGAAGAGACUGAUAGUCAGUAUUCAAUGGACAUUUCAACUAGAGAAGAGCGAGCAAAUUACAAGAGAACGCUCGACAGUAUUUUUCAAUUACUUGAUAUUACCAAAAUUAUUGACAUUGCUUCGCGCAAAGAUUGACGAUGUUUAUCAUAAAAUGAAGAAAUUAUAUGAUCGUAUCAUCAAUCAAUGUAUUCAGACCUUAUUCGAGGAAAGCUCCAACAGCGAACAAAUCCGCAUACUUACAAUUGCUCCAGCCUCUUGGGGUCGUAAUAAAAUAGUUGACUUUUUCAAUUGCACUGAACAUCAGGCACGCGCAUCAAUCGAACUACGACAAACGAAUGGUAUACUCGCAUUUCCAACGUUUCUCCGAGGGAAUGAACCUACAGAUCUUGUCACUAUUGACAAGAUUCUGAGUUAUUAUCGUCGCGACGGUAUUAGUCGACCGUCUCCUAACCGAAAAGAUGUUGUACUCAUUAACGGAACUUACGUUGGGAAAAGAUUCAUUGAAAAUCCUUCAAUAGAUAUCGGAAAAUCGAAGUUUUUUUCAUUGCGUCCGAAAGAUGUUAAACCUGAAUCACCUCAUGAGGUUUGUCUAUGCAUUUACCAUGAGAACAUGGCACUACUUCUUAAGAGCACAGUUCAGCUAAACGAUCUUAUCUGCUCAUGUGUUUGCAGUACCGAGGAUGAAGCUUGUUAA